UCCUUACUUAGAAUGACACUCAGAUGGUGCCAUGAAAAAGACUCAUCGACUCUUUCUCCGCACAACAAAGGCGCAUAACCGUGACCUAGAUUUCUACACGUCACGUGAAUCAUUUGGCACUACCUAUCUCCGUAGUUUCCUCAAGGUGUCGUGCAUCAAGAAACGAUCAGUACACCGUAACUCAUCGCCACGGAUCGCAGAAUUAGUGCUCGUUUGAGACCAACCUCACACAGCAGUUUCAUGAAUCAGCAGCGAGCCACUCCGUUCCCGACACAAGCGGCUCCGCGCCGGCUCGGCAGAGUGGAUCCCGUCCACGCAACCCCAGACGACGAUGACAUCCGCCACGCCCGCCACCGACUAGCCCUCAAUGCCCUCACUCACCUCCCGCGCUCACCCACCAUGACAAGCCACCCAUCCUAACUCCCGGCGAACGCGACCAUGGCCAAAUCCCCCGCCACGGCGUCCACCGCGCCCGUCGACCUCGAGCCCGGCCUCGCCCCCAGCGGCUCGUCCUCAGCCGCCCCCGGAACGCCGAAACCCGUAACUCCGCGCACGAGCCUGGACUUCGAGGACCGCGCGCGCGCGCCGCGGCGCCCGCGGGCAGCCAGGGCGUGGUCGAGCGUCGAGAAGCGAUUGCCCACGCCUGCUGUGCGCUGGGGCCGCAACGGACUACGCUGGAUCCGCGGCCCCGCGGCGCCGGCGCCGCACCGCAUUACGCCGGUGUGCGAGCGCGCGCAGACGCUGCCUGCGCGGGUGCUCGCGCGGAUUCCACAGCCGCUGCGCGCGUGCGUGUUCGGCGCGGUCUUCGUGUUAUGGGCCGUGCUGUUCGCGGUGCGCAUCAGCGCGUUCGGGCUGCCGGGGGACGUGGCAGGGUUCGGGGCGCCGGUGCGGUUGGGCUGCGCGGCGCAGCUGUGGCCGAGCGCGCAGAGCUGCGGGGUCGAUGGGCGCAAUUGCUUGCCGUUUGAGGACUCGGCGUUUGCGUUCAAUUGCCCUGCGGGGUGUGCGGGGACGCAGGUGUUGAAUCCGCGCGCGGUGGGGAAUGUGUCGGUUGUGUAUCGGUCGCUUGUUGUGGGGGGUGCGGAGGACGAGGCUGGCGAUGCGGUGUAUCGGGGCGAUUCGUUUGUGUGUGCUGCGGCUAUCCAGGCGGGUGUGAUUGGGAACGGGAGGGGUGGGUGCGGAGUUGUGUCUUUGGUGGGCGAGAGGGAUGGCUUUGGGGCUGUGGACAGGAAUGGCAUAUCGAGUGUGGGCUUUGACUCCAGCUUCCCUCUGUCGUUUAGCUUCAACCAGACGGCGCAGGUGGUGAGUGCUGCGGCGAAGUGCCGAGAUCCGCGGUGGGACUUGCUCAUCCUGUCGACCAUCUUCACGGCAGCGUUUGCUCUGUUCACGUCUAGCCCUGCGACCUUCUUCGUCCCGAUCUUCGUCAUCAUCUUCUUCCAGAUCGCCAUGGCCUCCGACCCGCCGACGUACGCGAACUACGCCUCCCUGGCUUCCACAACACUGGGCCGCUUCCUCCCAGCAGCAUUCGUAAUGGCGUUCAUGUACCGUUACAGCAUCCGCAAGACCCUUACUAACUGCAAAGCGCACGUGGAGAAGACAAUCCUAUGGGUCGGCGGGUGCUGGGUGGGCGCGCUGGGCAACUACACAUUCGAGCGCAUCCCGAUCCAGCGGCUGACACCGCACGACCUGCAGCAGCAGCCCGGCGCCAUCACCGCGCUAAUCAUCAUCGUGCUCGUCCUCUUCGCCGUCGUCCUCUACCAAGCGUGGUGCUUCCGCACCGAAGGCCGCCUGCCCCGCAUGCUGGGCCUGUACGCCCUCCUCGGCACCGGCCUGCUGCUCUGCCUCGCCCUCCCGCGCCUCAGCCUGCGCAUCCACCACUACAUCCUCGCCCUGCUGCUGCUCCCGGGCACCUCGAUGCAAACCCGCGCGUCGCUGCUGUGCCAGGGCCUCCUCGUCGGGCUGUUCAUCAACGGCAUCGCGCGCUGGGGCUUCGACCCAAUCUUGCAAACCGCGGCCGCGCUGCGGGGCGACGCACAGCUGGGCUCGGGCAUCCCCUCGGUCACGGCCGCGGUCAGCGGGGCGAACAUCACGUUCGCGUGGGCGUCGGUGCUGCGCGGCUACGACGGCGUCAGCGUCCUCGUGAACGACGUCGAGCGCUACCGGGGCGUGCAUGCGGGCGGCGCGGGCAAUUUCACGUGGACGCGGCGUGCACAACAGGGCCCCGAGUACUUCCGCUUCGGUUUUGUGAACUACCUGCCGUUUGGCGGGGUGUCGUAUAGCGAUUUCACGCGCGCGGGCGUCUGGUGGCCGAAUGGCACGUGGGGCGGUCCGGCGCCGGGGCGGACGCUGUACUGAGUGAGCAGUUGUUUGUUUGUUGUUCGUGGAUAUAUGCCUAAUCGAUACAUUUCCGCCGUGACGCGAGUUAUACCAUACCAUACAGUCAUGCAGCCAUACAGUCAUAUAGUCUUCCGUCCAAAACGCCUCCGAAAUACCAGCCCAACGCUCUCAAAAUGCCAGUCAGACGCUCCCCGAUGCAAACCCACGAUCCCCCGUUUU